AUGCCUCGAGUGUGCGCGCUCGCUAAGGUGUCAAAAGUGUCUUCAAAUGUUACUUGCCAUAUUAAGCUACGUGGGAAGGAAAAGGAAUGCGCCGAGCGAAUUUAUUCCAUAGUCGACGACCUUUUGAGGAAUAAAACCUACUCCAACAGUGAAAUAAACCAGUGGUCAAAUGUCAUCUGCGAAACGUCCAUGGAUUUUCUGUACUCGAAAUUGUUGCCCGCGAAGUACAUAAUAAGCUGCUACAUUUUAAAAAGUGCAAGCACGGAAGCGGCUCUCCGAUUUUCUACCUACUGGGACACGGGGGAUAGUUAAAGAAAAAAAGAAAAGCCCUCGCGCAUGCACGUACAAUCGCAACUGCGUAGCCUUAAGAGAGCGUUAAAGGAAAAACAAGCUGACCGCUCUACCGCUCGACCGCUCAACCGAUCAACCGCCCAACCCUGUGACGUUAAAGCAGCACUCCCCCCUUUCCACCCUCUCAGAACACCUCCAGAUAUGCUGGCCAAAGGACCAAAAGAACAGCAACAUGCGCUGCUAUGUCAAUGUCUAUAUUUUAAAAAUUGCACAGGAGGGAUAGGGGCCCUGUGCCGGUGCGGCAAAGCAGAACAAAUG